AUGGACGGCAAGGGCAUGACGGCGGCGACCGAUAACAAUGGUAAUAGCAAUGAGCAAAAACAAGGAGAUGAUGUUAGAGAAUAUGAGGAAAUAAAUUAUGGUGAUUUUAAUGAAGUUAAUGAUGGAGGCCUUGAAGGUGAUAAUGUUCAUGACUUGGAUGCUAAUGUGGAAGUUAAUGAUGAUGGUAUAGAAAAUGAAAAUAUAGAGGUUGGAGAUGAAAAAGGUGAUGAUGAGAAGGAAUGUGAAAAGAAUGAUGAUCAAGAACAAUUUCAAAGGAAGAAAAGAAAGAGGGUAUCAAAAGUUCACUUUGAUUUUACUGAAGUUACUGCAAAGGAUGGAAGUAUAAAGCUACAAUGUAUACAUUGUAAAACACUCCUUUCUAAGUCAGCGUCUUCUACAACAACUCAUCUUUGGAACCAUUUGAAUAGGUGUACACAAAAGAAGCUUCAAACAAAAAAUCAAAAAACCUUGCAAUUUCAGAAUGCAAAAUCUAAGUUUGAGACACCUCCUUUGUCCGAUGGUAAAUAUGAUCAUACAAAGCAAAGAGAAGCUAUUGCUCAUUGGAUUCUGAUGCACGAGCAACCGUUAAGUGCUGUGGAAAAUUUUGGCUUUACUUUCAUGAUGAAUGUUAAUCUUCCACAAUAUGAGAAAGUCUCUCGUGCCAUGACAAAGAAUGACGUCAUUACUGUUUAUGAAAUAGAGAAGAAAAAGUUACAAUUGCUAUUAAGAACCAUCAAUAAGAUAUCAUUGACCACUGAUAUUUGGAAGUCUAAGGUGCAAAAGGUUUCAUAUAUGUGUGUCACUGGACACUUUGUUGAUUCAAAUUGGCAACUUCAAAAGCGUGUACUUAGUUUCAUGCCUCUUCCUCCUCCGCACACUGGUAAUGUUCACUUGUUUGUAAAUAUAUCUCUAUAA